ACUGCUACUCCUUCUCUGACGAAACUGAAUAGAGGAAGCCAUUGUGCUUCAGGUUCAGUGAUACUGAUGACCAGGAAAGGAGGUCCCUUUGCAGACCCAUGAGCCGCCGCUGUGGCGAGCCGACUGGCGCGCCGCCGCCGGGAGCUCCUUGGCCCGAGUGGCCACAGCACCCCAGCGUCGGCCAUUGACCGCCUCGUCCAGCACCCUCGUCCACUUGUUUCCGUUUCCCUCUCCCACCUCCUCCUCCCGCCGCCGCCGCGCCAGAUGCGCCUCCUCGCCGCGGCGGCGAGGCAACCCAAAACACCGCACCCUCUUCUCGUCGCCCUCCACCGCCUCCUCUCAACGGCUACCACCACCUCCUCCUACGAUCCAACCGCGCAGUUCCUCCAUCCCGACCACCGCCGCGUCCUCUCGCUGCCGGCGUCGCUCCGCCACGACGCCCUCCUCGCACUCGCGCGCCUCCUCAAGACCGCCCCGUUAUGCCACCUCGCCCUUCACGCCGUCAGCCCCCCACGCUCCUCUGGCUCCCCUUCCUCCACCCCACUCGCUGCCCGCUUCGCCGCCGCAUCCCGCCUCGCGGCAUCGGCGUCAGCGCUCCGCCCCUUCGCCGCGGUCCUCCUCGCGGCGCUCCUCCCGGCCGCCUCCCCGGACCUCCUUUCCUGGUCAUCCUCCUACGGAAGCACCGGCGGAAGCGCUCGCGUGCGGUACGCCGCGCUCCGGCUCGCGCUCCACGCGUUCCUCGCCGCGGGCAUGGCGGCCGAGGCGCUCCAGGUGCUCGCGCGCGUCCGUCGCUCCGGGAAUACGCCCAGCCUCUCCGCGCUGGCGGCAUUGCUGCGCCUUCUCUUCCGCAGCGGGGAGGUUCGCGCUGCCUGGAACGUGUUCGAGGAAAUGGCCACGAGGGGACCGCGCCCGAGCCUUGCCAUCUUCAGCGCCAUGAUCCUCGGGUUCUGCCACAGGGGGAUGCUGCGCGUCGCCUCCGGGCUGCUUGGGGUCAUGGAAAAGAAGUUCAGUAUCGUCCCGGAUGUGUGCAGCUAUAACAUCCUCAUCAAGGGGCAUUGUUUGUUUGGGUGGUCGGGGGACGCCUUCAAACUGUUUGAGGAAAUGCGCAGGGCAGGAUGUGAGCCAACGGUUGUGACCUAUAACAUACUGGUGGAUGUUCUGUGCCAUGAGGGGAGGAUGGUGGAAGCGAGGAGCCUGUUCGAUGAGAUGGCACAGGUGGGGAUCAAAGCAAAUACAAUCACCUUCAAUGUCUUGAUUGACGGGUAUGCAAAGACCGGACAGAUGGAUGAGGCCAGUGCGGCCUAUAAGGAGAUGAAAGUGAGGGGAUUAGUGCCGGAUUCCUGCACCUUCAACAUUCUUGCUGCUGGAUCCUACAAGUUUGGGCAUGCUGCCCAGUUAGUCCAUGACCGUGAAAUGUUUUGUUCAGAUACGGCUGAUGACUUGGAUGUGUUGGUCUGUAGGCUUUGUUGGGAUGGCCGAUUGGAUGGUGCCUGGGAGCUUCUGCGCGGUGCUAUUGAGCAGGGUGUUCCUGUUAGUGUUGCUGGAUUUAAUGCGUUGAUUGCUGCUUAUAGCAAGGAGGGACUCCAUGACGCAGCUUUUCAAGUAUAUAGAAUUAUGAACAAGUUGGGACUGGCACCUUCAACACAUACUUUUUGUUACUUGGUAAUGGGGCUGUGCAAUCAAGGAAGGCUUGAUGAGGCGCAGCUUGUUCUAGAACACAUGGUCAGUAAGGGAUAUUGUCUAAGCACAUCAUUUACUAUCUACUUGGAUGCAUCCUUCAGAGAGGGUGAUGCAGUCCGUGCUUUGAAAUGUUGGGAUGAUAUGGAAAAAAUAGGUCUGCAGCCUGAUUUUAUUGCCUUCUCAGCAUAUGUCAAUGGCCUAUGCCGAUUAGAUUAUGUGAAUGAGGCUUAUCAGGCAUUUGCUGAGAUGACAACAAGAGGACUUGUACCGAACAAUAUUACUUACAACUCCAUCAUAUCUGCAUUUUGUCGGGCAGGCAAUAUGUCUGAAGCUUUGAAGUUACAGCAGAAGAUGAGGCAGAGUGGCCUUGUUCCUGAUGUUUACACAAGCAACAUUCUAAUCGACGGUUUGUGCAGAGAAGGAAACUUGAAGAUGGUGGACAACCAUUUAUUGGACAUGUGCAGUAAUGGUCUAAUCCCGGACACAGUGACAUACAAUACGAUAAUCAAUGCUUAUUGCAGGGCUCAGGAUAUGAACGGCGCUAUGAAUUUCAUGAAUAAGAUGUUUGCAGCUGGUUGUGAACCAGAUAUUUUCACAUAUAAUAUUUGGAUGCAUAGCCUCUGCAGCAACCAUAUGUUGAACCAAGCAGGGAAGGUGUUAGAUGAGCUUGUUGCUAUGGGUUGUCAUCCUAAUUCAGUUACAUACAAUACAUUGAUGGAUGGCAUUUGCAGUGAUGUUCUUGAUCGAGCUAUGAUACUGACUGGCAGGCUGAUUAAGAUGGCUUUUCAACCAAACACUAUCACACUUAAUGUUUUCCUUUCUCAUUUCUGCAAGCAAGGGUUUGGGAAGAGAGCCCUUAUGUGGGCUGAGAAGCUCAGAGAAGAUUCUUUUGUUUUUGAUGAUGCUACUAGAAAUAUAAUUGAUUGGGCACAAAGGGAAAUGGAGAAUGAUCCCCAGGCUAACAACGAGGACAUAGAUAGGUGCCUGUUUCUCGAGUUCUUAAUGUUCAUGACAUAUGAGACUAUGCACAACAGCAGAUUCUCAAAGGCUAGGCAUGUGCCUACAGAUAAAGGUUCUGAUCCUGCUGGCACCAACAUGAUCAAAAUUUUGGAUGCUGGUUGAUUAAUGAAUUUUAUAACCACAUUAUUGGAAGAAUCUUUUUGAUAGUAGUGGUGCCUCUGGAAGGCUACCAUAUCACUACCCAAUACCCAUUGCUGUUCAAUAUCUGCUAUCAAUCACUUUUGACUGUUUGAGGUGAAAUUGGGCAUGAAAGAUUAUGAAGCCAUUUGCAAUGGGGAUUUGGGAACUGUCAAAUCUCUGAUCUGCUGUUCCAGCAUUUCCUUGCUAUGAAUUUUGGGUGCUGAUUGAUGGUCGCAUAGGCAGUGACAAUUUGCAGUCUUCUGCCCACCUCAUCCCAGCCACUGCUAUAUACCACCUCGAACCAGAACGGACAGGAACAACCCCCACCCAAAAUUGCAAUGUAAAGAAAUGUAGAGCCAGGGCAUGAGCUACCUGUUCUCUUGCACAUGGAUUUGUGCUGACGUUUGGAUUAGUUAUUCACAUGUGGCAGGAUAUCUGAUGCCAACCUCACUCUGUCAGCUCCUUUCCGUUACUGACUUCAGCUCUUAAAAUUAUUUGGGAAAUUUCCCAUAGCGUAUGGAGAUUUUUGACCCAUUGAUUAUGAAGUUUGCCAUGUUGUAGUGGCAUUAUAUGACUCUCAUAGAUUUUUAGCUCCUAAUAAUGUUUUGGUGAAACUUGACAAAGGACGAGAGUAUCUUUGUUGCUCCUGGUGCAAAUCUUCAGCCCCAACCGAAACCCUGCAGAGCGCCAAAACGACCACCCAAACCAUGCAACAAAGUGAUGAAUCUAAUAUUGGUACAGGCAUAUUUACUGAUGUACUAGUUUGCUUGUUAAGCUUGCAAACACUUUUAUAGAAGAAAACCCCAGGUGGCUCUCCUGACUCGAGGAAAGAGAAGGCAUAUUUUGAAGAAGUUGGUGCUUUUGAGCUCAUGGACCAGAGGAAUGGAGCAGGAGAGCUUGGAGCGGCAGAGCAUGUUGGGGCGGUGGCAUUGAUUGGCUGGCACCUGGCAUGGCUUCUGAAGUGCCCACUAUGUAGAUGAGUAGCUCAGGAAACUGAAACUCGAAGUGUGCCCUUUUCCUGGCAAAAGGAGGUCAAGGAACUUCCCAUCCAUUAACUUGCUUGCAGAUCGCAUGCUUAUGAGUUGAUGCUUGGGACAUAGAAUGCCUAGAGGUCGGUCGUCGUAGCAAACAUGACCUCAUUAAGCUUUUGUAAUUUUGUAAUUGAGUGACAACAUAGUUAUUGGGACUAAUGUUUUAUCUAGCAUGUACCUUGUAGGUUUUUUAGUCCCAAAAAUGCAAACCAAAUCA